AAACGACUUCACCACCAAUAUUGGGUCUUUCUACAUGUGAGAACUUAAACUUAGUUAAACGUGUGAUGGUAGUAAAACCAAAGGAAGAACAAUUGCCCAGUUUUAUCUCUGAAUUUGAAUGUUGCUUUGGAGAACUUGGUACUCUGCCCAAAGUUCACAAGGUAGUUAUUGACCCUAGUGUUCCGCCAGUUAUUCACCCUCCACGAAGUGUUCCAAUAACCGUCCAACCUAAACUUAAAGAAGAACUCGACAGAAUGGAGAAACUCGGGGUUAUAUCCAAAGUCACUGAGCCGACAGAUUGGGUUUCAAGUCUAGUAGUUGUUGAAAAGCCAGAUGGAAGUAUUCGUAUUUGCCUUGAUCCGAAGGAUCUGAACCAAGCCAUCAAAAGAUCUCAUCUACAACUACCUACCGCAGAGGAUAUUAUCUCAAAGAUGACUGGUGCUCGGUAUUUUUCAAAGCUGGACGCUUCUUCAGGAUAUUGGCAAACCAAGCUUGAUGAGGAAAGCUCGAAGUUGUUGUGCUUCAACAGCCCGUUUGGACGUUAUAAAUUUAAUAGAUUACCUUUUGGUGUCUCAAAUGCAUCCGAAAUUUUUCAGUUGGAUAUCGCAGAAAUUAUUGAAGGUAUCGAAGGAGCCGCAAACGCCCAAGAUGAUAUCAUAGUUUGGGGUGACACAAAAGAAGUCCACGAUCAACGUCUACACGAGGUGUUGUCUAGAAUUAAAGACUCUGGUCUCAAGCUGAACUGGAAUAAAUGUCAAUUCUGACCCAAGAAAGAUUUCAGCAAUCAUUGACAUGCCUGUUCCUCAGAAUAAAACUGAACUACAGAGAUUUCUUGGGAUGUGUAACUAUUUGGCUAAGUUCAUACCAGAUUUGGCCAGUGUUACUGCACCGUUGCGUUGCUUACUAGAAAAGGACACUCCAUGGCAUUUUGAAGCCGAGCAAGAAAAUGCAGUGAAAAGGCUAAAAGAAAUGGUAACGUCAGCUCCAGUCUUGAAGUAUUUCAAUCCAAAAGAUCCAAUUAAAGUCACGUCGGAUUCGUCAAAGUUUGGUCUUGGAGCUGUUCUUGAGCAACAAGAGGAGGGUACGUGGAAACCUGUUGCUUUUGCCUCUCGUUUAUUGACUCAGUCUGAGCAAAACUACGCUCAGAUUGAAAAGGAGACUCUCAGUGUUGUAUUUGCUUGUGAGAAAUUUAAGGAAUAUCCAUAUGGACAAAAACGUUGUUGUUGAGCAAUUUAUUCGAAGCCACUUAUUAAGGCGCCGGCAAGAAUUCAAAGAUUCAUGCUAAGGCUUUAGCCUUAUAUGUUUACUUUCAAGUUUGUACCUGGAAAGGACAUUCCUGUAGCAGAUACACUCAGUCGUGCAUUCUUAGAUGUUUCAAUUCCAGAAAUACCUGAGUGUGAACUAAAUUGUUUUGUACACAUGAUUAAUGAUCAGGGAACAAUUUCCAAGUCGAAAUUGUCCGAGUUUGCUACGGAGACCUCAAAGGAUCCUGAUUUACAGAAAUUAAAGAAUUGUGUACUAAAUGGAUGGCCAGACAAACCGAGACAAGUUGAUCCUGCUGUAAGGCCAUAUUACAGUUUUCGAGACGAAAUCACGCUAUAUGAAGACGUCUUGCUGAAAUGUGACAGAAUCAUUGUACCAUCAAGUCUUCGAGAUGAAAUGCGACAAAAGAUCCAUCAUGGUCAUCUUGGAAUAGAAAAGUGUAAAGCUCGUGCCAGAUUAACACUUUAUUGGCCAGGUAUGAUUAGUGAAAUUGUUGAUAUUGUUUCUAAGUGUGAUGCUUGUGUGGAAAACAGAUAUUAUCAGCCGUCUGAAAAACUUAUUCCUCAUGAAGUUCCAUCAACUCCUUGGGAGAAAGUGGGAACUGAUCUGUUUCAGUUAAAGAAUAAAGAUUACCUAAUUGUUGUUGACUAUACAUCGAAGUAUUUCGAAGUUAGUGCUCUUCCAAAUACCCUAGCCUCGACUGUUGUGCAACAUACCAAAAGUAUAUUUGCUCGAUUUGGUAUACCUAAGACUGUAGUUAGUGACAAUGGUCCUCAAUAUUCUUUGCAUCAAUAUAAAACAUUUGCGAAAGAGUGGGGCUUCCAACAUGAUACGUCAAGCCCCAGAUACCCAAAGCGUAAUGGAUUCGUAGAAAGAGCUAUUCAAACUGUAAAGAAGACCAUAAAAAAGGCCCUUAAAAGUGGCGAUGACCCUUGCCUUGCACUACUUGCAUUAUGUUCAACUCCUGGAACUGACAAUUCCCCGUCCCCAGCAUUUAAGUUAAUGAAUCGCAAUCUUCGAACGCCUCUACCUUCAAUAAAAACUGAGAAAACAUCACCUACUUUGCUUGCGUCACAAAAAGUUAAAAAGUAUGAUCAACAUGCAAAGAACUUGCGACCUCUUAAAGAAGGACAAUCAGUACGAAUUAGGGAUGGUAAAUCAUGGCAUGUGAAGGGAAAAGUAAUGGAAAGAGUUGAGCAGCCAAGAUCUUAUGCUGUUAAAACAGAGAAAGGAACAAUCAUUCGUAGAAAUAGAAGAGAUCUUCUUAGCACACCGGAAAGAUUUGAUCUGUGUGAUGCCGUUGAUGAUGAAAUGGAGAUACCACCUAACCCUUUAUCAGUACAACUACCACAACCAAAUCAACCAACCUUUACUCCCAAUCAUCCACCUUCACUCUCGUCAAGGUCUACUUCUGAUCGUUCUGCGCCGCAAUCAAGACAACCUUGUGUUCGUAACAACAGUGAACAGGGUGUCCAAACUCGUUCUGGUAGAGUUGUAAAGCCACCUACGCAUCUGCGAGACUUUGUGAGAUCAGAGUUUUGAACUUAGUUAUAGUAUAAACAAUUAUUUCUAUAUUGACUAGAACUUGCUAUUAAAUCUGACUUUUUCUAUUUUCAAAACAUUUACUUAAAAAGGGGGUUGUAAUGAUAAUGUUAAUUUAUUUAUAUUAUUGCCUGCAUGCCUGGCAAUACGCCUGGAAGCCUGAGACUAUAAAUAAGCAUGUUGUUUUGUUUAACGAUGACACAAUUUAGUAUUGCUGUAUUGGGUCUGUUUGUUUUACUUUAUAAAAUAUAUAUUACUUUUCUUGGUCAUGUGUCUUGAUCACAACACAGACCAUCGAGAUUUGACUCACUUGCAUGAUGUCAGAAUAAAUGCUAGUGCCAGACUCCUGUCGCCGAAGGCCAUUAGCCAAAAAUAUUUAGAUUCAAACGGCUCUAAAAUUCUUUCGUUUUGAUUAAAAAUACUUUCACUAGAAUAGUAUACUAAAUGAGUACUUUCAAUAGACUGAAAAUCAUUUUUUGUGUCAAGGGCACUUUAAUGUGAUAUAAACUCAAACGGUCUGUACGAACGUACAGAAGGUAGUGACAAUAACACGAGAAAGCUGCGGAUUGAGAGGGAUGGCCCGAAAGGCCCAAAAUCUGGAGUGCCGCCUGAGCUUGGGCCUGGGGACGAGGAUGAAAUGCAACUAAAACUUUGACGUUUCGAACGAAAGCACUUUGUUGUGCUAACCGUAACUGCUAACUAUGCUUUCACCUAAUUAAAUAAGUGCAUAACAAACGGAAAACAAUUAUAAUCACGAAUGUGUCAUUUUAUUUAAUAGUAACAAGCUUUCAGCUGGUUUGCAACAUGUUUAUAAUAAUUAUGCAUACACGCAGUUAUUGUUCUGAAGUAAAAUUCAUCACAUUUAAGCCUAAACGGAGUCGACUUUAAAUAUUUUUAGACUCAAUUGUCAACAGAGAAAAUAUGCAAUUUCAACAAACAAUUUUUAUCGGACUCGUAUUUGCUCAUUUUUUCUUCAUACUGGAGGAAAAACUUAUCAUCAUACAGCUGAAAUCUGUAGGAGCUGAUCUUUAUGAUUAUUAAAAAAAUUCUUUCAUAUACCAAAUAAUUAAUGCACAAUGGCAUGCUAAAUUUGGAUUACCUUAUUUUUUAUACACGUUGUACAACGGUUAAAAUAAUUUAAAAUCUUGACAGGUGAAACUCUUCAAUUGGCUAUAUGAUUGUAGACCAUCUAAUGUGCGUAUUUCUAUAGCCCAAACGAGAUAACGCUCCAUAGAGCGUCGUCUUGAGCAGAACAAUAUCAGAUAUUAGGGUCAGUUAUACAAGGUAAAAUAAGUCUCAACUUACUUAACUGAGUCUGUUCUUGUCUAAGCCACAAACGUCCUCGUAUAAACGGUACAUUUCCGAUAACUUGGGACUUAUUUUGGAUAAAUUUCAACCUCUGUUAUUAUUUAUGAACAAAUUUAACCAUUUAUGCAAACUUGUUUGUGACCUAAAUUAGACGCGUCCCAGUUAAGUCGUAACUUAUUUUCCCUCAAAUCUAAUGGCCCUAUUAACUAAGUACAACAUAUUCAGUGAAUUGGGUUUGUGAAUAUAAUGUGCUCAAAAUGUAAACAAAUUGGACAUCCGCCAAAUAGACUUGAUCGCUCUUUAAGCAUUUUGUAUUAGUAACCAUUGACGCGGCUUCAAAGUAUUUUACUUAUUUCAAUGUAUACCAGUCAUAACAAUAAUAUGAAUUGUUAAUUUAGUUUAUUGUACGAUCAUCCAGAUUAAAAUUUUACAUUAUUUUUGACGUUUCGGCUACCUACACGGCAGCCAUUAUCAAAGACGUAUUACAGUUACAAAAAAUUUACAGUUACAAUAAUUUUAUCUUGUGUCAAAAAUGACGUGCGCGUGUUUGUGAUGUUGUUUGCUUGGUUAUUUUUGACGCAAGAUAAAAUUAUUAUAACUGUAAUUGUAACUAUAAUAAUGUCUUUGAAACGUCAGAAAUAAUUAAAAAAUUUAAUCUGGACGAUCGUACAAUAAACUAAAUUAAUGGAAAAACCCGGAUUCAAGCCCUUCAGUGAAUAUGAAUUGUUGUUAUGUAAUGGAUUUUUGCAAGGGCAAAGUGAAUUUUGUUCUUUUAUUAUAUCUGUUAUCGUUAAAAUAUUAACGAACUUCAGAAAUUCCAGACUUCCAGGUCAUGGAUUUUGAAAGAAAUGGUUGUGGGAAGUCAUGAAAAAGUCAUGGAAUUUUAAAUGGGAGAAGGUGUACGAACCCUGCAUUAUGCUUUGUUUGUAAUUUCUUUCUAAUUUUAAUAUUCCCUUAGGAAACCGAUGAAGGCACUGUCUCAGAGGAGUUAUCAAGUGAAAAUGAUGGCAGUGACAAGAGUUUUAGACCUUCUGACGAAGAUUCAGAAACCGCAGACAGUGAUGAUGUGAAAAUGACAGCAAACACUGGCAGUUCACCCAAAAGAAAGCAAAAGGAUUUGGAUAAAAUACAAUCGAAGGUUUUAAAUAGAUCUGAAAAUGGAAAAUUGCAUGGCCAACCCCAGGGCAGUGGCAAGUUAGAAAAGAAAGAAAAUCAAAGGCGAAAGGUUUCAUGUCCUUUAGUGGCGUGCAAAUCGAAAGUUAUCCACCUCCCAAGGCAUAUGAGAAAUGUGCACAAGUGGUCCAAAGAAGCAUCUUCAAAAGUUUUGGUCAAAUACAAUAUUCGAAAAAGAAAAUCCCCAGAGAAGAAGAAAGGUGGUAAACAUAAAGAUUACCAUACUCGGCGCCGUUGCCCAGUAAACGAAUGCCACUCAAUUGUUUUUCGUUUAACCGCGCAUUUGCAAAAAGUGCAUAAAAUGGAAUCAUCAUCGAAAGAAUAUAGAGAUGCUAUGGAAAGAGCCAGAGUCAUUCCUGAUAAGAAACACCCUAUGAUUUGCUGGAAGUAUGAACAAAUGCACAAAACAUCUGUCCUGCUGAAAGAUUGGCAGAAACCUAAUACAUCUGCCGACUAUUUUGAAGAUGAGAGAUACAGCGAUGAUGUCGAUGAAAUGACCGAUGGCCCACAGCAAAGAACCGAAGAUAACUUUCCUGUGAAAAUUGCAGACUGUCCUGUUUUAGGUAAAUUCGCAGAGUGGAUGCUAUCCGCAGAUGGGGGCAGAAGGGAUGAGAAAACCGCAAAACAACACAGUUCCCAAUUGUUUGGGAUGCUGAAAGCAAUCGACGAAACUGAAGACAUUAACUCUCUGCUAGAUCUGGAGCUUGUCAGGAAUGUCUUCCUGAAAUGCUACGUUGUAGACAAGAACUACGAGGUUGGAACAAUUAAAUCCUAUCUCAUGAGUCUACGUCAUUUCUUCUCUUUUCUUCUCUCCUCUAAACCCGCAGAAAUGGAUUGCAGUGCUGACGAUGUAAAGGCAGCCCGGGAGAAGGUCCAGAUGUGGUCAACAAGCUACAGAAGAGAAUCGAGUAUUCGUAAGUGGAAGAAGCUGGAAGAAGACUUUCAAAAUAGGCUAACUACGAUGAACAUUAAAAAGUUUGAAAAGAAUGAGGCAGUUAGAGAAGUGAUGGAUCAUAAAACAGCCCAUGUCUACGGCCCAGCUAUAAUUGUUCUGAGUCAAAAGUUAAUGUCGUGGCUGUCAAUCUUCGUUGAAGUCAUGCGAGCUCAAAUCACCACAUCAAACACUGGUCAUGUGUUUCUCACUUGGAAUGGCCAAAGUAUGAUAUCGGGCCAGAUAACUAGGGCCAUUCAGUCAGUGUUUAAAAAAGCGAAAAUUAAUCAGAAAAUUACAUCCACGUCUUUCCGCAAAGCUGCUGUGACCAAAGUACACACAGAGGAACCUGAGCUAAGUGGAAAAUUGGCUGGAUUGAUGGCCCAUAGAGAAACAACGGCAAAGAAGUAUUAUCUUCUUUCUGACAAGUCUAAAGCAUCUGUGGAAGCUUCGAGGAAACUCGGAAAACUCAUGCGCACUAAUGAUUCAAGUGAGAGUGAAACUAAUUGUGACUUGGAAAGAAAUGAAGAAGAACAUAUAAAGAAAGUGGCUGGGAAAAGCACUGAAGAUGAGACAGAAGGCCUGGAGAGGAACAAAGAAGAAGGGAAAAAGAAAGUACUUUGGAGGGACAGCGACCUUAGUAAGGUUUAUAAGGUAUUCGAAGAAGAAAUAAAGAUGAAAUCCAUAACCUUUGACACAGUUCGCCGUCGAGUGGAAGGGAAUGAACAGCUUAAUGGUAUGUCACCUAGAAGGAUCUAUGAUCGUCUCAAAAAGGACAUGCAGAAGGCACCUCAUGACGUUUUAGAUGUUGGUUGUGAACUGCCCAAAGCUUGCGAAUCGUUGCAAGAUAAGUUUGCAUGUGUGGCUAGUCCGAGCUUGAACUAUGAUGAUGGGUCUUCGGCUAGUAUUGUUCCUCCUUCUGAAAGAAACAGCAAUUUCUCCAAUGCUCAGAUUGAAACGAUACAGUCGAUAUUCAAAGAUAUGAUCUCAAAUGGUAAGACAAUAUCUAGAGUGGAGAUAGAGAAACGAUGUGGUGAAAGCAGAGAUGCACAACAGCUCUUGAACAAACUUUCGAUUUUGCAACUGCUUAAUUGCAUUAAAUAUGAAAGAAGAAAGAAAGUCAUGCUGUUGGGGAAAAUGACUAAUUUGAAGCAGAGAACUGAUUUAUCUU